CGUCCGACACACCGUCAAAUCUUUUCCUGCAUUAAUCUCCUCAUUUUCCUCAUCGCAACAAAUUUUUCCUCCUUUCCUAAACACCCAAUUCGAGAAUUCUAAUAGCCUCUCCUUUUUGCAACAAAUUCUGUCUCCUGAAACAUCCAUCACAAAAUCAAUCUCUUCUUCUCUUAAUUCCCCUUGUUCCUUCCAAAAUCUCUUCUUUGAAAUGGUUGCCCUAUUCUCUCCCUUCUUUUCCCGGCCGGAUACUUAAAAAAAAAAAAACACCCCCAUCCACCGCCGGCAGCCGCUUCCCACUCCCCGCCUCAUCAAUAUUUCCUAGGUCGUCGGCGGCUGCAUGCUCUCUUGCUGCUAAUUUGUUAAAAGAAAAAUUUUAAUACGAUGGCGGCGGGCCACCACGAUCACCACCACCACCACCAUGCAGAUUCCUUCUCCGGGACCCUCCCCGCCAUCGACGAGGACGUUGUCGCCGACCUCACCUGGCCUUUCGGAAACCUUGAUGGUCUAGACGCCGACGACAUCCGCGAAACUGCCUACGAGGUUUUCUUCACGGCGUGUCGGUCGUCCCCUGGAUUCGGUGGCGGGAGGAACGCCCUGUCAUUUUACUCCACCCAUCAUGAUAGUGGCGGAGGCGGCGGCGGAGGAGAAGGAGGAGGAGGAGGAGGAGGAUUCGGGUCUUUGUCAUUCGGGUCAUCUUCAUCGUCGGUAGGGAGAUUGGGCGGUGGUGGUGGUGGCGCUGUCGUGGUUACAUCUCCGGUUAGUAAAAUCAAGCGAGCUUUGGGUUUGAAAAUGCUCAAGAGAUCACCAUCAAGGAGGAUGUCGAGUCUCGGCGGUGGCGGAGGAGGUGGUGGUGGCGGCGGUGCAGCUGGUUCAGCGCCAAACUCUCCAAGCACUCCGCAACAUCACACGGUGUUUAGUAGCCCCAACAUUGGGUUCUCCACGUUGCAACCGGUGCGGGCGAGGCGACCAUUAACGUCGGCGGAGAUAAUGAGGCUUCAGAUGAGAGUGACGGAACAGAGUGAUAACCGGCUUCGCAAAACUCUAAUGCGAACCCUUGUUGGCCAAUUAGGGAGACGAGCAGAGACAAUAAUAUUACCAUUGGAGCUUCUCCGCCAUUUAAAGCCAUCAGAGUUUAACGACGGUCCAGAGUACCACAUAUGGCAGAGACGACAACUCAAGGUGUUGGAGAGCGGUCUUCUCAUCCACCCUUCCGUCCCGCUAGACAAAUCCAACACCCACGCCGUUCGCCUUCGCGAGAUUGUUCUUUCCAGCGAGACUCGGCCCGUGGACACCAGCAAGAACUCCGAGACAAUGAGGGCCCUCUGCAACACCGUGGUUUCCCUCUCAUGGCGGAGCAGCAACAGCAACGCCACCGAUGUUUGCCACUGGGCCGAUGGCUACCCUCUCAACAUCAACAUCUACAUCGCCCUGCUUCGCUCCAUCUUCGACGUUCGCGAAGAAACGAUGGUUCUCGACGAGGUCGAUGAGCUGACGGAGCUCAUGAAGAAGACAUGGACGACGCUAGGGAUCAGCCGUCCGAUUCACAACCUAUGCUUCACGUGGGUGUUGUUCCAGCAGUACGUGCUGACUUCACAGACGGAGCCAGACUUGCUUUACGCAGCGCACACCAUGUUAUCGACGGAGGUCGCCAAUGACUCGAGGAGGCCGGAUAGGGAGGCAUUGUAUGUGAAGUUGUUGUCUUUGAUGCUGGAGUCGAUGCAAGGGUGGGCUGAGAGGAGGUUGCUCCACUACCAUGAUUAUUUCCAAAGAGGGACGGUUGUUUUGAUUGAGAAUUUGUUGCCCUUGGCUCUAUCUGCGUCCAGGAUUUUGGGAGAGGAUGCUUCAAUUAUUGAAGGGGUGGGAGGGAAAGAGAAGAAGAAGAGAAACACUAGGAUGGUCGCUAAUUCGUCUGAGGAUCGAGUUGAUCUUUACAUUCGAGCUUCAAUCAAGAAUGCUUUCGCCAAGAUCAUAGAAACUGGAAGCUACAAGAGCACUAGAUUGGAAGUAAAGGAUGAGGCGACUGAGGCACUACUUCAGUUGGCUAAAGAGACGGAGGAUUUAGCACUAAGAGAGAGGGAAUGUUUUAGUUCCAUUCUCAAAAAGUGGAACUCAAGUGCUGCGAGUAUUGCAUCAGUGACUCUACACCAAUGCUAUGGAGCAGUAUUGAAGCAGUAUUUAGCUGGCGUGACUGUAUUGAAUCAUGAAACAGUGGAUGUUCUCCACAGGGCUGCCAAGCUUGAAAAAGCAUUGGUUCAAAUGGUUGUUGAGGACUCCGAGGAGUCCGAAGAUGGAGGCAAGAACAUUGUUAGAGAGAUGGCUCCUUAUGAGGUUGAUUCAAUCAUACUCAAACUGGUGAAGCAAUGGAUUCAAGAGAGGUUGAAGAUUGGGGGAGAAUGUGUUCUUCGAGCAAAAGAGUCCGAGACAUGGAAUCCCAAGUCCAAAAAUGAGCCUUAUGCUCAAUCAGCUGUGGAACUCAUCAAAAUUGCCACAGAAACGGUGGAAGAGUUCUUCGAAACCCCCAUUGGGAUUACAGACGAUCUCAUUUGUGCCCUUGCAGAAGGUCUUGAGCAGUUGUUUCUAGAAUAUGCCAACUUUGUGACAGCUUGUGGAUCAAAACAAAGCUAUCUUCCAACUCUUCCCCCACUAACCAGAUGCAAUCGAGACUCAAAAUUCUUCAAAAUAUGGAAAAAAGCAGCUCCUUGCACUGUGACAAUAGAGGAUCUUCACCAAAAUGAGUUCAAUGAAAUUCAUCAUCCGCGAGCAUCAACGAGCCGUGGGACACAACGUCUCUACAUCCGACUCAACACAUUGCAUUACCUUGUUUCUCACCUGCACGCACUGGACAAGACCCUUGCCCUGGCUCCAAGGUCUAAUUCGGCUCGAACACGUAACAGUCGUCGACAACACAGUAUCUCCUCUUACUUUGAGCAAGCCCAUGCAUCCAUCCAAUCUGCCUGUCAGCAUGUAUCAGAAGUGGCUGGUUAUCGCUUGAUAUUCCUCGACUCGAGCUCGGUGAUAUAUGAAUCGCUCUAUGUCAUCGAUGUAGCCAAUGCGAGGAUCAAACCAGCACUCAGAAUCCUCAAACAAAACAUCACCCUCAUGAGUGCAAUCCUAACCGACCGAGCCCAAUCCUUAGCCGUGAAAGAAGUAAUGAAGGCCACAUUCGAGGCCUUCCUCAUGGUUUUGCUUGCCGGAGGGUGCUCCAGGGUGUUCUACAAAACCGAUCAUAACAUGAUCGAGGAAGAUUUUCAAAGCUUGAAACGCAUGUUCUGCACUUGUGGUGAAGGGUUGAUGAAUGAGGACCUCGUGGAAAGGGAAGGUGAGAUUGUGGAAGGUGUGAUUGCAUUGAUGGGUGAAUCCACAGAGCAACUAAUGGAAUAUUUCAGCAACGCUGCUUGCGAAACAAGCGGCAUAGGAGCCUUGAGUUCAGGGCAGAAACUACCAAUGCCACCAACUACAGGGAGAUGGAAUAGAGGGGAUCCAAACACAAUCUUGAGAGUUUUAUGCCACAGGAAUGAUAGAGUAGCGAAUCAAUUCUUGAAGAAAUCGUUCCAGUUAGCCAAAAGGAAGUGAUGAGAUGCGAAAAACCAAUUCGGUGGGAUUUAGUCCCCUUUUACAUGAAUCUUCAUUUCAGGAAGGCAAGGCAGCUACAUAGAAUUUUUAAUAUUUAGUUGACCUUGAUUACUAGAGUACAUAAACACAAGAGGAAAACAAUGUAAAAGUUUGGCUCAUUGUACUAAUAGAAGUUAGAACAACUGACGGUUAUUAGUACUAGGGAACUGAUGUUAGAAACCUGUUUGGAAGAGGGUUUCUUUCUAGCACAUAAUCUUGGUCAAUUCUACUUCUCCCUUUGAAAAGGGUUUUGAAAUUUUCAUGUCACUCAUUAUGUGAUUGUUCGCUUAUAAAAAAGUUGUUUCUUUGACAUUUGGGUGGUGUAUUAAACUAUAAAGCAUCAAAUAAAUCUGACAUGGAAAGAAAGACAUAUGGAUAAUUCGACUCAGAUAAAGAGCAUCAAAGAGUAUGGAGAGUAAACUUAUCUUGAUGAUACCACGUACGGUAAGCUGAAUUGGGGAUUCGGUGUAAUUGACAAUGUUUAGUGGAGCAGAACAAGAAUCGUUGGUAUAUCUGAUAAGAUCCAAUCCCACUAUGAAUGAUUCUAUUUGAGCUCGUGGAGGAGAAGUUCACUGGUGUGGCAGGAUUGAACGUGAUAAAUGCAUCAUCCUCUGUUGGGGAUAGACUGUCGGAAGCGGGUGAAUUGACUAUGGAGCUUAUGAUAAAAAAGGACUAAUACUACUGGAAAAUCUGAUCUAUAAAAAAAGUGUCACUUGUGUACUGAACUAUUCAACAUUUCAUAUACGUCUUAAAUUAUUUUUCCGUUAAAAUUGACCUUCUUUGACCUUUAGUUUUUAACAAAAAGUCUGGUCAUCACUGAUGUGGCUAGGGGUGGAAAUCGGUACGAUAUCGGUAGCCAAUACCAAAUACUGAAAUCUCGAAUACAUAGUUACAUCGUAAAAUCAAUCCCAAUCUCAAUCCCUAAUAAUUUUGGUAUCCCAAUCCCUAAAUAUUUCGGUAUCCCAAUCGGUAUUCCGGUAUCCCAAUCGGUAUUAUUAAAUACAAAAUUAGUUAAAUUUACAAUUAAUAAUUAAAUAUAUAAAUUAAAUUUGAUUAUUUAAUUUAGAACAAAGAGACCAACCAAGGAGUUGGAGUUUGCCUAGAGCUAGGAAAUUUGAUUGUUUAAUAUUAGUUGCUUCCCAUACAACUUGCCGAUCGAGAUUUGGAGAUGAGAAAACUGAAGCUACAUGGGCAUGAAUAAUUUCUCCAUUUCUUGACCUGCUUUUGGUGGUUGUCGCUUGCUUGCUCUUCGCCGAAUUGAUUAGUAAUUGUGAUUUGAGAGAGGCGAACUGGGAGAAGAUACUGACCUAGAUUUUUUUUAGUGCAAUGAGAGUAGGUGUGGCGUGUGGAUUGGCCGCUAGCUGUCCCGUACUAGUCGUAGGAAUUUUCAAAGUCCGAAAGAGUAUCGUUGGGCUUUGUAAUAUUGUAUGGGUCGUUAAAAUUUGGUAAUGGGUUAUGCAUAUUUCAGUUGGCAAUUAACGGCAGGUAAAAAAUGUGUGAGGACUGAGGAGAUAUUAGUUUAAAUGUUAAAAUGCACCACUCUUUUAUAUUAUUUUUUGGUACUAUUCGGUAUAUACCAACCCUAAUCCUAUAAUCCCUAAUACCAUAUUACAAUUGAAACUCAAUCCCAAUCUCAAUCCCAUAAAAAAUUUCAUGUAUUCGGUAAUACCAUAUAUCGACAAAUUCAGUACGAUAUUCAGUAUAUAUCAAAUACGGAUACCAAACUUCCAGCCCUAAAUGUGGCAUCUAACGUGGAAUUUAUAAUAUUAAUUUUUAUUAUUUUCCAUAUAAAAGAAUGUCUAAUUUUUAUUUAAUUUUGAAUUAAAAAUAUGAGGUGUCA